AUGGUGCAGGCGGAAUCUCCCGUUUCUAUCGAUACUGGUGUCACGGCGGAGCUGAUAGCGGAGCGCAAAUGCAACCUGGCUCCGGCUGAAGUUCGCCGUCGACGUCUGAUCCUGGAUGACUCGGACGAGGAGGCCCCGUCGAUCAUUGGCCGUUGCUCUCCAGCCGCGGCUCCGGAAGGGAAGAAGGGAGGGCGGCGGCUGGUUAAACUGGACGAAGCACUCUCCGCGGCGGGGUCCCUAAAGCACGCGAUGCUCCCCGCUCGAACCGGAAGAAGCGGGCUACUGGUUUGA